CCCCACGCGGAGACCGCGAAAACGAGCCCGGCGGCGGGAAGCGGGGCGCUGUGGGCGGGGCCUUGCCGCUGCCCAGCCAAUGGGGAGGGUGGGCACGCGGAGAGCCUGAUCCCGGUUCCGGUUCCGGUUCGGUCCCGGUGCCAGUGACGGUCCCGGUGCCGGCCCGGGUCGCCGCCGCCGCCGCCGCCGCCGCCAUGGAGCCGGCCGAGGCUGAGUUCCUGGCCGAGAAGGAGCUGGUGACGAUCGUGCCCAACUUCAGCCUCGACCGGAUCCACCUCAUCGGGGGAGAUCUGGGUCCUUUCAAUCCUGGCUUGCCGGUGGAAGUGCCUGUCUGGUUGGCCAUUAAUCUGAAGCAGAGGCAGAAGUGUCGGCUGAUUCCUCCGGAAUGGAUGGAUGUUGAAAAGCUGGAGGAAAUCCGGGACCAGGAACGUAAAGAGGACACCUUCACUCCGAUGCCCAGUCCCUAUUAUAUGGAACUCACAAAGCUGCUGUUAAACUACGCCUCAGACAACAUCCCCAAAGCCGAUGAGAUCCGAACGCUGGUGAAGGAUACCUGGGACACCCGGAUAGCCAAGCUGCGGCUGUCUGCGGACAGCUUCGUCAGGCAGCAGGAGGCUCACGCCAAGCUGGAUAACUUAACCUUGAUGGAGAUCAACACGACCGGGACUUUCCUUACUCAAGCCUUAGAUCACAUGUACAAGCUCCGGACUAACCUGCAGCCUGGUGAGAGUGCCCACUCCCAGGAUUUCUGAGGUACUAGCCCGGGCCAGCCCUCAAACCUCCCGGGAGAGGGCAGUGGAAGGGAGCAGGCUCCAUUCUUUGCCCCUGGACCUUCAUCUGGCCAGCCUCCGCCUUCCCACACGGAUCUCCCGAAGCCACCCGAGCCUCCUGUCCCCUCCUCUGCGUGGAACGCCUCCUCGGCUGCAGGCAGGCAGGGCUUCCCCUUCUGCCUGUGCGCAGGCAGGGGAGAGAGCAGGCAGCCUCGUGGCCAGACGGGAAUCACUCCGGAGGCGCCGGUGGCGCAGGAGCCAUCCCUGCACGGCUGCUCCUACGCGCUCCGUCUUUGCAGAGGUGGCCUCUCUCUUGGGUUCAGAGCGAUGUCGGUGCAGGUGGUGGCUUGCCAGCGCCUGGUUGCUGUCUAAUGAUGUCGGGCGGAUCUCUCUGCCCUGGAGAGUGUGGGUGUACUUCAUAGAGGGAACUUCUGAGGGCAGCACAGGCCACACACUGGCUUGAAAGCAAUAAAUUUCUAGGCGGUGCUUCGCCAUGAAUUUUCUCCGAGCCUUGAAAAAAGGGGGAAGAUGUGCCGGCAAUGAGAGGUGUCUGCUACUCUGCUGGGGAGAUCAGCUGGGAAGCAGAUCCAUCUGCUCUUUGGAGAAGGACAAAAGAAAAUGGCUUUCCCUCUCCAGAGCCAGGCUGCCUUGUAAUAUCAUAUGUCUGACUUUUUAUAUAUGACUGUGUAUA